UCGGACGCUUUAUGAGUCGAAGGUCGGUAUUCGUAAAAUAUACUGCUGUUAGGUGACGCGUUGCGGCAAUAAAGUGUUUAUAGGUACGUACAUGUGUAUGUAUGUAUGUGCAAAGAUUUAUAACAGCUGUAAUUAGGCACGAAAUCCAUACUUCGCUUAGUUAUUUCUCUAUAUUUUAUUGAUAUAAACAUUCAUAAACACGAUGGAGCCGAGCUUUGAUGGUUGGGACUUUGCCGUACUGAUUACUGUACUGUCGAUUUCAACUUCGAUUGGCAUUUACUAUCGCUAUACGGGCGGAAAGCAGAAAACAAUCAAAGAAUACGUCCUGGCCGAUCAGAGUAUGUCCACAUUUCCAGUUGCUGUGAGCUUGAUGGCGAGUUUUAUGUCCUCCAUCUCAUUACUCGGUAUAUCCAAUGAGAGUUAUCAAUUUGGCACCAUGUUUUGUAUAAUCAAUUUGGCGUACAUCAUAAGUACACCGAUUGUAGCAUAUUUAUUCCUACCGGUCUUUUAUCGCAUGCGCACCAUGAGUGUUUAUGAAUACUUGGAACGUCGCUUUGGUCACUCAACACGUCUCGCCGCUUCGAUUGCCUACUCCAUACAGAUGAUACUUUACACGGGUAUUGUACUUUAUGCGCCAGCGUUAGCACUCGAAGCUGUCACCGGUGUGAGCAAAGUUACCGCGAUAUCAGCUAUUGGCUUAAUUUGUACCUUCUACUCGACAAUUGGUGGCCUAAAAGCAGUGCUGAUAACUGAUGUUUUUCAAUCGCUUUUGAUGUUCGCUGCCAUUUACGCAGUAAUCGUGGUGUCGGCAAUCAAAGCUGGUGGUUUGGCGCCAAUUUGGMAAGUUGCCGRAGAGCGUAAUCGUAUAUAUUUUACGGACUUUUCUCUGGAUCCCACUGUGCGACAUAGUUGGUUGAGUCUCAUUAUCGGAGGGAUGGUGAUAUAUAUGUCAGUGAAUGCUGUCAAUCAGGUGCAAGUGCAACGUUUAUUGAGUGUACGUAAUUUGAAGAGCGCCCAGGCGGCAAUAUGGUGGAAUGUACCUAUACUGAGCGCACUAAGCCUAAGCACAUUAUUUAGUGGUUUGACGAUAUUUCACUAUUAUAAAGAUUGUGAUCCCCUACUGGAGGGUAGAAUAGAAUCAAGGGAUCAACUGAUGCCAUUAUUUGCGGUGGAUACAAUGGGUCARUAUCCAGGUUUAUGUGGUCUCUUCGUGUCAGGCAUAUUUUCCGCCAGUCUCUCAAGCGUUUCAUCAGCGGUGAGYUCACUAUCGACUGUAACGUUAGAAGACUACAUCAAACCAUUAUAUAAACAUUUUACGAAAAGACCGCUACCYGAAACAGAAUCGACACUGCCGAGUAAAAUUAUGGCCUGCAUUUAUGGAAUGGUCUGUAUCGGUAUGGCUUUUACAGCUAGUUCUAUGGGUGGUGUCCUACAGGCAUCUCUAACCAUUUUCGGCGUAGUCGGUGGACCAUUGUUGGCCCUCUUCACACUYGGUUUAUUUACGACGCGUGCGAAUCAACGUGGCGUCCUUUCSGGUCUACUAAUCGGUUUGAUAUUCUCCUUCAUUAUCGGUUUCGGUGGUCCGAAACAACCGCCAACCACGUUAGAUUUUAAAGAUGAGGGUUGCUCAGCUGCUGGUAAUAUGACUUUGGUCGCCGAGUCCCUUACGCAGGCGUUUAAUAUGACAACCGCGCAACCAACAACAGCGUCGCCUCCAAUUGAAUAUAACUGGUUCUAUAGAUUGUCUUAUAUGUGGUAUUGCGUAAUUGGUUUUUUGAUUACACUAAUUGGUGGAUAUAUYUUUAGUUUUCUAUUGGAGGCUCUAAAAUGGGCUGACAAUAAACAAAUUUAUCUGGAUCAUCAACAAAUCGAUGUAGACUUAUUUGUACCACCUUUAGCGCGAAGAUUAAGACGGCACGACGCUGAGGAAUUGACAAAGUUCCAAGGUGCGUAGGAAUAAGCGUAUUGUGAAGUUCAAUUGUAUGUUAAAUAUGCUACUCAAAUAAUUAGAAUAUCUCUUUAUUAAUUUAAUUAAAUAAUUGACUUGUUAAUUUCGAACUUUCUUCUUUGCAUUUAUUUUUAAGAAAGUAGAGCCAAACUAACUGUUAGCUCAAAAAAAUAAUAAUUUUAUAGGUUUAUGUAUACUGCAAAAAUACUUAAUAGCUGCGAAGCCUAAAAUAUUUACUAUUUACUUAAUAAAAUAAUUUAGUU